CCUCUCUGUUUUUGGGUAGGUUAUGUCAAGUUUGGGAUGUCCUACUUCCUCCUCAGCAGCGGCAAAUGGCAAUGAAGGCAUGGGACGCGACCCCCUCCACCCUGGAAUCGGUGUUGCAACGUUUGAGAUCUGAGGCAGUGAACCGCAAGAUCAGUCUGAUUCUCUUCUUGGCCGACAAGGAUCCCUCUACCGAUCUCAGCUGGUGUCCUGACUGCGUGAGAGCUGAGCCUGUGAUUUACAAGAUGCUGGAGGAGUGGCCUGAGGAGGUGAGCCUUAUUCGGGCUUACGCCGGCGACCGAGCUACCUGGAGGAACCCGGCGCACCCUUGGAGACUCGACCCUCGGUUCAAGCUCACCGGAGUGCCCACCCUUCUCCGCUGGGAGGGGGACCGUUUCAUCGGCCGUCUUGAGGAUCACGAAGCCCACCUUCCUCACAAGAUCCACGCCCUUCUUGCUUCCGGUUAAAUUCCGUUUGUUCCUGUUUUAUGCCCCGAAAUAAGACUCUCGCCAGGUUCAUAAUAAAAUCAUGGAAAUUUAUCAUUAUCGCCUGUAGCUGACAUUUGUGGAUCAUGCUUUGUCAGCAGCAUAAUUGCAUUAUAUAUUAUAUUAAUACAACUUAAUGUUAGUGCA